CGAUGAUUGGGUGAUUGGCACUGCUUUUCUGCCUGAACUUCGCUGAAGAUUCCGGCGAAGAGACCUCAUUAUCAUUUGUACCUUGCGAAAGAGAUUAUUUGAUAGGGCGACGAUUGCAGUUGGCAAGAUGUGAUAGACAAGACGCGAGUGAAGAAAUCUAAUCGUCGAGCUGCUCGUCGUCAGACUAGACCAUGUCCGAUCCGAAAGCGGGUGGUGCUGGCGGAAUCCGCCCCACCACCCGCAAGCAUGCCCGUCGUAGUGGUGCAGAUGGCGGCAUGAUCAAGCAGCGCAAGAGCCAUGUGUUCGUUGGCGGGGCAGCCGAUGCACAGAAGCAGGCACAGGCUAGAGCGCGGGAGGCGAAAGAGGCACAGAGAGCGCGCAUGGACGGCAGGCACACGUUUAUCCUGGAAACCGUAGCCAGUCGGCUGCAGAUCGAACAGUCGCAAGUCGAAGACUACAUACUUGACGGCCAGCGACAACUGGACAAGUUUGAAGAGUUCUUCAACGCCAGUGGCCUGCGAAGACUGCUGUUUUACUGUUCCAAAUGUCCAGCGGAGGACGGAGAAGCUGGCAAGAAAGUCAUCAAACAGCUCUUUGUGACGGACGGUACGGUAGAGGCAUUUAGCGGCACAUGUGUGAUGUGUAUUCGCACGACGACCAAAGCUCUCACCACAGCUAACAUCGGAGCGGAGAUUAACUUUGCCACUCUAGAGACGGGUGACUCCGGCACGAUGUUGACGGCCAUGGAGGCGAUGCUAUCCGAUAUUUUCAUCCCCGCGCUAAAGGACCAGUCUAGCUGGGGACAGCUGCAAAGCGGUGGGCAGGAGCACGUUGGCUUCAUGUCUAAGCUGGACGCUUUCGUCAGUACUCUGCAGGGAGCGGAGAAGAGUUUGAAAGACACCGUCAAGCUAUCCGAGUGCAAAGAUGUGGAUCUGUCGAUGUUCACAUCACCGAUGGAUUUCCUGACAGCCGCUAACAAUCCCGAGAUCAUUGAACCGCUGGAAAAGUGCAUGGCGAAAUGGUGCAAGGAGAUUGAGCAGGUACUGACAGAGAGCGAGCAGAUGCGAAAGGAAGCGGACAAUGUCGGGCCCAGCGUGGAGCUCGACCACUGGAAGCAGCGCACUGCCAAGUUCAACUCACUGCUCGACUGUAUCAACAGUCCGUCAUGCCGAGCCGUCAUCGGUAUCCUGACUGCCACCAAGUCUAAACUCAUCAAGCAAUGGCGGCAACUGGAUGUGCGCAUCACGGAUGGCGCUAACGAAGCCAAGGACAACGUGAAGUUCCUUUACACGCUGGACAAGUAUUGUGAUCCGCUGUAUAAUGGAGAUCCGGUGAACAUGGUGGCGGCCAUUCCUGGCUUGCUGAAUGCCAUUCGUAUGGUCAACAGUUACUCUCGCUUCUACAACACACCCGAGAGGAUCACAGCACUGUUUAUCAAGGUGACAAACCAGAUGAUCACAGCCUGCAAGAACUACCUGACCAACAAUGGCUACGUGAAGGUGUGGGACCAAGAACACGACUCGCUUAUUCAGAAGCUCACAGCUUGCAUUGUGCUGAACCAAGAGUACCAGCGAAGUUUUCACCGUACGAAACAGCGCCUUGAGGAGCUGCCUGACGAGCGACCAUUCGACUUCAGCGAAAUGUCGAUCUUCUCCAAAUUUGACA